CUCAGUCCUGUCGGCUCAGACCUGCAGAUUGCUGUGAGACUAGGACCACCUUAGCGGAUACUGUGCAUGUCGGACAAAUAUUCUCCAUUCCUGGUCCUGGUUCAGGGUUCCAUGCAGAGAUCGUCUAUUCUUACUCCUCAUGACGGCGGACUUUGCCCUCUACCGGAGCUCCGCAGACUCUGUUAGACUUUAGUCUGAGAACUUCCGACCAUGGAGACGCUGCGUCUGGGCUGCAGGGUCUGCAGCACCAACUCUGUGAAGAUCAAGGAGAUGAAGCAUCAUAUACGCUCAAAGAUGCAUCAGAAGGAAAUGAAAAAAAUCUUCGGGAAAGCUCAGUUCACUGGUUGUGGUUUUCCCAUGAUUGCACUGAAGGACCCCCAGAUCCAGAAGGAAAUGAUACAGCCCAUCAUCGGUUUGUCCCUGCUGACCCUCUGUUUCAGUCCAGACACAGCCAUCUUCUUCUACCUGUGCCACGUCUGUGAGGAAAAGUGUUUACCCAGGAACCUCUGCAGCCACCUCUACUCUAGUGACCACUGCAGCAACUACUUUACCUACACAGACCCCAACGUCAUGAGCUUUUCCUGGACACCGAGUCUGGACAUGAGCGUGAUUCUGCGGAAGGAGGUCCGAGAGGAGGCCAGUAAAGCAGAGAGCAGACAGCUGCAGAUGCUGGAUUUAACAGAGUCCCUGCUAAGGAAGCUGGAGUCACUCACCUACUCUGAAGUGAUCAGAUGUCUGUGUGAAAAUGACAAACUCAGGAAACUACUGGAAGUGCAGCCGAAGAGGACGAUGAUACAAGCGUACCAAAGAGACCCCAGCAGGAAGCAUCCUCUUCUAGGCAUGCAGCACGUUGUUGAAUGUGUUGGACCCACUGAGAGGAGACACUACCUCUGCACCCUCUGCAAGCUAACCCUGUCCACUCACAUGAUCAUCAAACACGUCCUGAGCUUUGACCACAUCUACUGCUAUUUUAGAGAGUAUCAUCCCUCUACUCUGCUGUCCAAGGAGAGCUACAGCGUCUACAGCCCUCCAUCGCUCUCCACCAUGAUCAGUAACUUGGCCAAGCAGACGGAGGAGAUCCACGGCUCUGCCAGCACUGAUAUGAAGCAAAUACAACUGGAGCUGGCUGAAUUCACAUCUGUUGAUUUCCCCUGUUACAGCAAAGCUUUGGAUGCGCUGGAAUCUAUCAGAAAGAAAAGGAAGGAGAGCAGUUUGGUUACAGUCCCCGUUCCAGGGAAGAAGCUGGGUUUUUCCUCCUCAGAGAGCCAUGGGGAGUCUUGGACGUUAUCUGUGAAAAUAUCCUGUCAGGACUGCGAUGUCGACCUCUCUUACUUUGGUGCCUAUCUGAAGCAUCUGACGUCCUGGCAUCACAGACAGGCAGUGGAGAACACGUUUGGCAGAGCGGAGAGAUCUGAUGGUUAUGAACCUAAAGGAAAGAUCCCCUACAUGCAGUCGUACACCCACCUCCAGGACUGCAGGAAGCACACUCAGCUGGCUGUGGGUGUUUCCCUGCUGGUGAUGUGUGUCUGCUCUGAGGUUCAGGUGGAACCCAUCAGUGUCUGCUUCGCUUGUGCAGAAUGUUUCCUGGAGUCUUCGGCUGUCAAACAUCUAACCUCCCGCAAACACAUGGUUCACACUCUGCUCUACUUGGAUCCCUGGAAGCUUCCUCUGGGAUGGGAGAACAAGGAGGAUUUUGGAGACCUGUGGUCUCUGGCCUGGACGAAGGAAAGAGAAAGAGAGGCACACCAAAUGACCAUGAAGAUCCUUGAUCUGCCAUACCGGAUUUUUAAGCAGCUUUUCCCACCAUGCUACACCACAGUGAUGAUGACUCUCAGAAACCACUACACUCCUCUAAGGAGAGGAGUUCCAAAGUGUGAAACGUUCAGUAAAGACAAAGAAAACGGGAAGUUUCCUCUCCUGGGUAGACAUUUCAUGGUCAUGCACUAUAUCUGUGACAGACUUGGUCAGCCCACGGAAGUGGGCUUCUUGUGUACGCUUUGUCGGAGGAGGCUUAUAAACAAGGAAUUUUACACCCAUGUGUUCAGCCGAGAACACAUCACAGCAUUUCUAAAAAGUUUCCACCCUGGGUCGAUGAAUCCAGGAAUGGACUCAGAGAUCCUGCUGGACCUGGCAAAGCAGGCAGGAAGUGAUCACACCACACUGAAUGUGCAGGAAAUCCAGUUAGACCGGUCCAUUUGGGAGCCAUGCUCAUAUCAACAGGCAUAUUCCCUCCUCACAUAUAUCAAACACAAACAAGGGCGAGGAAAACUCUUACCCCCCAUCACUGCCAAAAAGAAGCUGGUCCCCAGAGUCACACUGACAACAGAAAAAGACGGCUCUGAGAAAAAGACUAUGGAGCACUGUGAGAAGGCUGGAGGAGGAGCUAACACCACCAAUAAACCAGAGAGUAGAGUCAAAGAGGAAGAGGAAGUGGACAUGAAGAGUCCAACACAGAGUGAAAACAGAUCAGUGAAAGCUUGUGCAGAGGAGACACAGAGCAGUAAGACAUGCCCGGCACUGAAGGAGGAGAUGAUCGAAGAGCCAAUAGUGACAAGACUGCAUGAGGAAAAGAGCAGGGAAACGGCAGCAGAGGCAGACGUCAAACCUGGCCAGACUGUCAGAGACAGAGCACUGAAGCUCCAACAACCUGACCGCCUGUGGAAAUAUCUCCAGAAGACAAGCAGAGCGCCUGUGAUCGGCUUAAGUGCUCUUAUUGAAUGCUGCUGUGAUGGACGCCAUCCCAUCUACCUCUGUCAGUGCUGCUCUGUGAAGAUCCAGGAGAACGAAGUGAUCAGCCAUGUUACCAGAGCGCAGCACCAGAAGAUGUAUUUGGUGGGUUUCCAGCAGCUCCCAUGUCCACCAGGGAUGAAGAAGGGGAUGAAAUUCUCCCAUUUUGCUUCUCUGUUGGAGAAGGACAUGGGAUAUGGAGAGGCUCAGGUUGUGGAUCUGGAUGAUGAGAUCUACAAUAAGGUCUUACAUCAGAGUUUUGAUUUGGCCCUCCAGACAGUAAAGGCAGUACAGACAGAGGGAAUAGUUCCUGAAUCCCCCUUAAACUCUGCUCCACCUGAGGCUUGGUCUGAGGCUCCGUCUAAGGCUCCAUCUCAGGCUCAGUCUGAGGCUCAGUCUGAGGCUCCGUCUGAGGCUCAGUCUGAGGCUCCAUCUCAGGCUCAGUCUGAGGCUCAGUCUGAGGCUCCGUCUGAGGCUCAGUCUGAGGCUCCAUCUCAGGCUCAGUCUGAGGCUCAGUCUGAGGCUCCAUCUCAGGCUCAGUCUGAGGCUCAGUCUGACGCUCAGUCUGAGGCUCCGUCUGAGGCUCCGUCUGAGGCUCAGUCUGAGGCUCCAUCUCAGGCUCCGUCUGAGGCUCCGUCUGAGGCUCCGUCUGAGGCUCCAUCUCAGGCUCCGUCUGAGGCUCCGUCUGAGGCUCCGUCUGAGGCUCAGUCUGAGGCUCAGUCUGAGGCUCCAUCUCAGGCUCAGUCUGAGGCUCAGUCUGAGGCUCCAUCUCAGGCUCAGUCUGAGGCUCAGUCUGACGCUCAGUCUGAGGCUCCGUCUGAGGCUCCGUCUGAGGCUCAGUCUGAGGCUCCAUCUCAGGCUCCGUCUGAGGCUCCGUCUGAGGCUCCGUCUGAGGCUCCAUCUCAGGCUCCGUCUGAGGCUCCGUCUGAGGCUCCGUCUGAGGCUCAGUCUGAGGCUCCAUCUCAGGCUCAGUCUGAGGCUCAGUCUGAGGCUCCAUCUCAGGCUCAGUCUGAGGCUCAGUCUGAGGCUCCAUCUGAGGCUCAGUCUGACACUCAGUCUGAGGCUCAGUCUGAGGCUCAGUCUGACGCUCAGUCUGACGCUCAGUCUGAGGCUCCAUCAGAUCCAUCUGAGGCUCUGUCUGACGCUCAGUCUGAGGCUCAUUCUGAGGCUCCAUCUCAGGCUCAGUCUGAGGCUCAGUCUGAGGCUCCAUCUCAGGCUCAGUCUGAGGCUCAGUCUGAGGCUCCAUCUCAGGCUCAGUCUGAGGCUCAGUCUGAGGCUCCAUCUCAGGCUCAGUCUGAGGCUCCAUCAGAUCCAUCUGAGGCUCUGUCUGACGCUCAGUCUGAGGCUCCAUCUCAGGCUCAAUCUGAGGCUCCGUCUGAGGCUCAUUCUGAGGCUCCGUCUGAAGCUUGGUCUGACGCUCAGUCUGAGGCUCCAUCAGAUCCAUCUGAGGCUCUGUCUGACGCUCAGUCUGAGGCUCAUUCUGAGGCUCCAUCUCAGGCUCAGUCUGAGGCUCAGUCUGAGGCUCCAUCUCAGGCUCAGUCUGAGGCUCAGUCUGAGGCUCCAUCUCAGGCUCAGUCUGAGGCUCAGUCUGAGGCUCCAUCUCAGGCUCAGUCUGAGGCUCCAUCAGAUCCAUCUGAGGCUCUGUCUGACGCUCAGUCUGAGGCUCCAUCUCAGGCUCAAUCUGAGGCUCCGUCUGAGGCUCAUUCUGAGGCUCCGUCUGAAGCUUGGUCUGACGCUCAGUCUGAGGCUCCAUCAGAUCCAUCUGAGGCUCUGUCUGACGCUCAGUCUGAGGCUCAUUCUGAGGCUCCACCUGAGGCUUGGUCUGACGCUCCACCUGAUGCUCCGUCUGAGGUUCCGUCUGGGGCUCGGUCUAAGGUUAGGUCUGAGGCUCCACAUGACGCUCCAUCUAAAGCUCCACCUGAGGCUCAUUCUGACGCUCCACCUGAUGCUCCGUCUUAUGCUCAACCUGGAGACCCCUUGUCCAAACCUCAGACUCAGCAUGAAGACGCUGCUCUCCAGGAUAACUAUCAGGUGGUGGCUAUGGAGAUUGAUGGUGACUCUGAAGAUGGUAUAGGAACAAGUAGCAACUCCAGAAACAAACAUGUAGCUGCAUCUACAGCUCAAACCAACAGCUGCACUACCCCCGCCAUCAGUAGAGAAGGUGGUUACACAUGUGCAGCAUCCUCAACCACUGCUGGUGCAACAACCGCCAAAUCAACAAGUAGCAACUCCGAAAACAGCACAGCAAUGAUGUCUACAGCUCAAAGCAAUAGUGACAUAACAACCAGUCCCAGCAGGAAAGAGACUUCCUCCACAUGUGGAGCAUUUACCCCCAGUUCCACUGCAGUGACAGCCGAACUGACUGUAGCCAACUCCAGCACCAGUUUAACAACCAGCACAUCUACAGCUCCCAUCACAAGUGCCUCUGAAACCACCAGCAACAAAGCAGAGAAAACAUCCAGUGCCACUGCAACUACCCCCAAAUCCUCCAGAUUUCACCCGUAUACUAGUGCAGCUACCACCAAAUCCUCUAGAGUUCACCCAUAUACUAGUGCAGCUACCACCAAAUCCUCCAGAGUUCACCCGUAUACUAGUGCAACUACCCCCAAAUCCUCCAGAGUUCACCCGUAUACUAGUGCAACUACCACCAAAUCCUCUAGAGUUAACCCAUAUACUAGUGCAACUACCACCAAAUCCUCCAGAGUUCACCCGUAUACUAGUGCAACUACCCCCAAAUCCUCCAGAGUUCACCCGUAUACUAGUGCAACUACCACCAAAUCCUCUAGAGUUAACCCAUAUACUAGUGCAACUACCACCAAAUCCUCCAGAGUUAACCCAUAUACUAGUGCAACUACCACCAAAUCCUCCAGAGUUCACCCGUAUACUAGUGCAACUACCACCAAAUCCUCCAGAGUUCACCCGUAUACUAGUGUAACUACCACCAAAUCCUCUAGAGUUAACCCGUAUACUAGUGCAACUACCACCAAAUCCUCCAGAGUUAACCCAUAUACUAGUGCAACUACCACCAAAUCCUCUAGAGUUAACCCGUAUACUAGUGCAACUACCACCAAAUCCUCUAGAGUUAACCCGUAUACUUGUGCAACAACCAACCCAUCUGCAGAUUCAGUUGACAGAGCUGCUUUAACUAAAGUUGCAGCGACACACAAAGCUAACACAGAACCUAGCAGUCCAUCUGGAGUACAAGAAGUCUCAUCUCAACUAAUGCAGUCUUCUGAGCACUCUGCUAAAGCUUCAGUCAAAUGUGGAAAUAGUGAAUCCUCUGAGAAGUCUUCACGAGUGAAGAAACCUGUGGGUUCAAAUGCUGAUGUUCCAAAUAAUCCUAACAGUGCUGCACACAGUAACAGGUCUGUGAAAAUUGGGGUGAACUACCUCAUUGAGGUGACAUGUGGGGAAAGGAAGCAGCUCUACUGUCAGCUUUGUGCCUGCAGAAUGAGAAACUCAGGUCAUCUUAUCAGCCACACACACAAGCUCAACUAUGCGAAAAGGAAGUACCCAGGGUGUCCCACCCAUCCGUCUGAGAUUAAAAGUAAGCUGGACCACAUAGUCACCCACUUGGCAGAGAUUGAGAAAGGCCUUGGAACUGCUUGUCCUCAGAGAGUUGAAGUGAAGAUGGAUGUUUACAAAGAACUGAAAACACUUCCAGAAGGCUUAGUCGUAGGAAGAUUGACAGAAAUGUUAAAACAGAGUGGGGGGGUCAGGUCCUCAACAAGUGACCCCAGGGAGGUGUGGACCCCUGACCUGUCCAGUCCAUUUGAUGCUUCUAGUCCAGAUGAUGAGAUGUUGGUGUGGCAGAAUGACACCGCUGGACUUUCUCCUGAGAUCCAGUCUGAGCCUGAGAGCAGACAUGAUGUCCAGAAACCACAUGGAAAGAUUCCAGAUGAAGGGUCUGUUUUAAAAGAGGACAGAGGUCUGGAAUUGACUCUGAGUCUCUCUGCAUCUACAUCAACAAAAACACUCACUGAAGCCUCCACAUCCUCAGAGAGUCAUGAGGAGAGAAACCAUGAGGACAGACCUGAUCCUGGUUCACUGGUCAAGCAGAAGGCGCCGGAAGACUCUGAGAAUACAUCUGUGAAAUACUCUGACACUAAAGAGCUCUCCUCUGCUGAACCAGCAAAAACAGACCAACUAACAUGCAGUCAGAAGGCUAAACCAGGACCAGGACAGUCAACCUGCAGUUUAAGAGCGGAGCUCCAGUGUGCUCCACAGAAACCUCGGACCACAGUUGGAGCGUCCCCUGGCUGCAGUCAUCUAUCCACAUAUUUAUCUGUGAAGAGAUCGAACCCCAACAAGAUCCUAGGCCUGAAGUCUAUCUGGGAGUGUCGGGGGAUCAAACAGAGCACUUUCUUCCUGUGUGAGAGCUGCUGCGAGAGGCUGUUCACCACCGACAUCUGUCAGCACAUAGAGAGUGACUCACACCACCGCAACUACAUGGUGAGAACGUUCAGAGAUGUUCCCUGGUGGAAGGUGGAGGAUCUGACCCUCCAGGACAGACUGGGACUCUUCAGAGAAGCUGCAGGGCUGGUUGCCAUGUGGGAGCAUUCUGUCCAGAUGGAUGCCAAGUGCACUCUGCUGCCACCUAAAGACUUUGAAUAUGUGAAGACGGCUCCAUUCAGUGAAGCUUUAAAGUUUCUACAAGACUAUGAGAAGGAAGAAACAGCAGAAAGCAGCAUCUUUCCUCCCAUCAGCACUCCACAGAUAGAGGGCCAGCUGCCUGAGGGACGGCCAGAUGAAGCCAAGUCUGAGUCCGCAGAGACACGGUCGGCACAGAUGCUAGAGGCGGACGAGAGGAAAGACAACGGAGGCAGACAGGAAAAAGAAAAAGAGCUUUUGGAUGAUGUCAACCAGAGCAGAGGGUCCAGUCUUGAGACCUGCCCAGAAGCUGGUUCUGUUCUUGCUCCAUUCCCUGGUCCAGGUCAGAGUCCAGAAGAGGAGUUAGAGAUCCCACAAGAACUCAGACCACAGGUUACUGGCCAGAACCAGAAUCCAAAACCAACAGAAGUACAUGCAGAAUCCUCAUCUGCUGCUCUUCCAAAAACCAGUCCACAUCUGCCCUCUGCUGAAGAUAAAAGCCCUGUAAGCAGGAAGAGACCAGCUGAAACAUCUGUAGAGACACUGGGCAGGCCCUGCAACACCAACCCACCAAUUAAAGACCCUGGACCGGCUCAAACCACAGUGGUUUCUCUGCAGCCAAGCAUGGAACCUGCUCCACUUCAGCCUGCUCCACUUCAGUCUGCUCCUCCUCAGUCUGCUCCUCUUCAGUCUGCUCCACUUCAGUCUGCUCCUCCUCAGCCUGCUCAAAGGUCUGCUCCUCCUCAGUCUGCUCCACUUCAGUCUGCUCCACUUCAGUCUGCUCCUCCUCAGUCUGCUCCUCCUCAGUCUGCUCCACUUCAGCCUGCUCCUCUUCAGUCUGCUCCACUUCAGCCUGCUCCACUUCAGUCUGCUCCUCCUCAGUCUGCUCCACUUCAGUCUGCUCCACUUCAGUCUGCUCCUCCUCAGUCUGCUCCACUUCAGUCUGCUCCACUUCAGUCUGCUCCUCCUCAGCCUGCUCCUCCUCAGUCUGCUCAAAGGUCUGCUCCACUUCAGCCUGCUCCUCUUCAGUCUGCUCCACUUCAGCCUGCUCCACUUCAGUCUGCUCCACUUCAGUUUGCUCCUCCUCAGCCUGCUCAAAGGUCUGCUCCUCCUCAGUCUGCUCCACUUCAGUCUGCUCCACUUCAGUCUGCUCCUCCUCAGCCUGCUCAAAGGUCUGCUCCUCCUCAGUCUGCUCCACUUCAGUCUGCUCCACUUCAGUCUGCUCCUCCUCAGUCUGCUCCUCCUCAGUCUGCUCCACUUCAGCCUGCUCCUCUUCAGUCUGCUCCACUUCAGCCUGCUCCACUUCAGUCUGCUCCUCCUCAGUCUGCUCCACUUCAGUCUGCUCCACUUCAGUCUGCUCCUCCUCAGUCUGCUCCACUUCAGUCUGCUCCACUUCAGUCUGCUCCUCCUCAGCCUGCUCCUCCUCAGUCUGCUCAAAGGUCUGCUCCACUUCAGCCUGCUCCUCUUCAGUCUGCUCCACUUCAGCCUGCUCCACUUCAGUCUGCUCCACUUCAGUUUGCUCCUCCUCAGUCUGCUCCUCCUCAGUCUCCUCCUCUUCAGUCUCCUCCUCCUCAGUCUCCUCCUCUUCAGUCUCCUCCUCUUCAGUCUGGUCCUCUUCAGUCUCCUGCUCUUCAGCUCGCUGUUAGCCCAUCUCCCCUCUUCACUGAGAAGAAAAAGUCAGGACCUGGUUCUAAAGGACCAGACUUUUCUAGGAGAGGCAUAACUCUGGAUGACCUCAUCGCUCUGGUUAAUGAGAAGAGGUCAGAGAAGAAGGUUUCCUCUGCUAACAGUCCAUUAGUUGGAGAAUUUAAAAUCAAAAGAGAGCAAGCGUUUGAGGAGACAAUGCCUGAGAAAAAGAUGCGAAUGGAUCCAAAGGCUCAGCUGGAUAAAUCUGCAGAUGGUCCAGUUUUACUAUCUGACCCCUCAUCAGAGCCCAGGGACCAUCAGUAUCAGGGAAGUGUUGAUGUUCAAAGCAUGAGUCCAUCCAAGCCUGGUCCUAGUGGAGAGACCACCAAACACAACCCAGAGCAAAAAGCAAACCUGGAGCCCAGCAGCUGGGAGGUUUCUCAGCUGCCGAUCAGUCCCAUCAUCACUGCGAGGCUGGACUCCUCAAAGCACUACAAAACCAGGAGCUACACUGAGGUGAACAUACAGGCCACUCAGAGCUGCCCAACAGUCCCAACAAUGAGCCACAACGACACUCAGGCAGUUUCAGCAGGGUAUGCUCACACCAGCCAAGACAGGUAUUCAUGCUAUCCUCCUGGAGCUGUGGAGGGCUUCACAACACCCACCUACGGAACCGUAUACACUCACAGUUUAUACCAAGAGGCUUCAAUAGGCAGCCAGGGGUCAGGCAACGUCUCCUCACAGACUUUGGGACACAGCACAGCAGUUCCAGCACCUGCAGGAUGGGAGAGUCUGCACAUGCAGCCGCAGCAGACCUUCCUGCAGCCGCAGCAGACCUUAGUGCAGCCGCAGCAGACCUUACUACAGCCUCAGCAGACCUUAGUGCAGCCGCAGCAGACCUUACUACAGCCUCAGCAGACCUUAGUGCAGCUGCAGCAGACCUUACUGCAGCCGCAGCAGACCUUAGUGCAGCCGCAGCAGACCUUACUGCAGCCGCAGCAGACCUUACUACAGCCUCAGCAGACCUUACUGCAGCCGCAGCAGACCUUACUGCAGCCGCAGCAGACCUUACUACAGCCUCAGCAGACCUUAGUGCAGCCGCAGCAGACCUUACUACAGCCUCAGCAGACCUUAGUGCAGCCUCAGCAGACCUUACUACAGCCUCAGCAGACCUUAGUGCAGCCACAGCAGACCUUAGUGCAGCAACAGUUGGUGCAUCAGCAGAUGUUAAUGCAGCAGCAGCCAAACCAGCAGCUGAUGCAUCAGCAGCUCAUCCAGCAGCAGUAUAUGUGGUCGAGUGCUGCUCUGCCUGUUUACUAUCCUCUUCCAGCCAACAGUCAGAUCAUAACUCAGGGCUCUACAAACUCCUCCUGGUUUUUCACAGUAGCUCCAAACAUCAGGAACAGUACGCCUCAAGUUAACCAGGAAAACUUCUCUUUACCAAAGUAGGCCACUAAAGCAGAGUCAACAUUGAAUGUCUGAUGGUUUGCAGCAUGCAACUGUUAAAUGCACUUUAUUUUUUGUAUUCUGUUAACAGUACUACUAAUGUUGUCUUUCAGUGCAGCUGCCAGUAAUAAGAUUCUGUACACUCUAAUGUCUCGAUAGACGGGAUGGCAGUCGUGUCUGUGAGAGCAUCUGAAUUCCUUAUUCCAUUUCAGAACAUACAGAACAUGUGAAAAGAGAAAACUGUUAGACUUCUACAGCUGUUUGCUCUUUAGCUUGGUUUUCUCUACACUGUAUGUCCAUGUGUGUCAUACUAAAUAGUAGUUUUUUGUGAUUGUGGCACAUGGAGCCUUUUCACAUCAGCGUAUAAAAUCUCUAUGCUCUGAUUUUAGGGCUGAUUUCUCUGUUUGGCUGCUUCGCUCUGUUUUUUCACUAAAGAAGGAUACCACACUUUUAUUCACACAUGAAACAUCUGUACAAACUGACACAUUAGUUUAACUUCUGUUGAAGUUGGUGUCCUUAAUGUUUGAAUAAACUGGGUUUAAAUAGAAGGGCUGUGCUUCCAACUCUUCUGAGAACCAUUCUACCAUGUCUGUCAAUGUUUCUGUUCGGCAUUUAUGUGAUGUGAAUUUUGUGCUUUUGUAUUCAAACUUUAAUUUUAGUAAUAAAUAAAUAUUUUAAAGUG